AGAGAGAGGAAGACAACAUGUAAGAGAGAGGGGGGGCUUUCAGGAUUGACAAGAAUAGAGGACGGCUGUGUUUCUGCUGUGUUAUAACUCUGAGCAGAGCUGACUCGCGUAGCCCACGCCUCAGUGACUAUUCUGAGGUACAUUUGAAUGUUACAGAUGCGAGGGAGAGUGUUACACUAUACGCAAGCUGCGCAACAGUGGCCUGGGCAUGCAGGCAUAAAGCGGUUUAGCCGUGUGCUUUGUGUUCUACAAACACUUCGAAAUGUUAUGGGAUUACUCUCUGGAUUAACGCUCUCUGGGGACACAUUUUCUCCAACACGUUUCUCCAGACAGACAGACAGAGACUCUCACUUGACACCUCCCUCAUACAACUGUCACAGGAAGACAGCAGACGGACAGACACGAACAGAUCAGCAGAGAGGCGGACUGAAACCUCUCAACUUAGUCUUCAGGACUGCCACCAGGCCGCACAGCUUCGCAUAGCCGAUGGCGACGGCAGGGAGCGGGUCAGGGUCUUCGCAGCCUCUCUCCAGCAGCGAUCGCCGGCUUGUGGACAAGGCCCUGAAGAGGCUAGAUAAACUAAAUGGGCUGUGCACCAACCCCAGGCUGGCCUUGAGGAACAGCCCGCCGUACCUUCCUGAGCUGGUCUCCGAGACUUCCACGCUGCUCUCCCAGAUUUGGGAGCCCUACCGGGGGACAGUAGGGGCUGGGGCCACAGGGGGGCAAGAGUCACGGGGGGAUGAGACGGAGUACCUCGGGGUCCACGUCAGACAACUGCUGGAUAAGACAGAGCGAGCCAUCCUGCUCUUUAAAGAAGGACGGGAUAAGAUGUUCGUGGAGACUUCCAACUACAGGAGGAACUUGACCAAGCUGUCCCUCCUCUUCAGUCACAUGCUCUGGGAACUCCGAGCCCUGUUUCCCGGGGGCCGUUUUCAAGGCAACACCUACAGGCUGACUAAGACAGAGGCUGGAGAAUUCUGGAGGCGAGCGUUUGGAAACAAGUGUAUAGUGCAGUGGGGCAGCUUCAAACAGCAGCUGCGUGGUGUCCACCCAUUCGAGGAGGGGAUGGAGGCCAUGGCUCUGAAGUCCACCGUGGACCUCACCUGCAACGACCACGUCUCUGUGUUUGAGUUUGACAUCUUCACGCGACUGUUCCAGCCUUGGAGGUCUCUGCUGAGAAACUGGAACCAGCUGGCCGUGACCCACCCAGGCUACAUGGCCUUCCUCACCUACGACCAGGUCAAAGGCAGACUGAGCCACUACCUGCAUCGUCCAGGAAGCUACAUCUUCCGUCUAAGCUGUACACGCAUGGGACAGUGGGCUAUCGGUCAUGUGACCAACAACAGAGGCAUCAUACAGACCAUCCCAGAGAACACCCCUCUCUACCAGGCUCUCAUCCAGGGCUUCAGAGAGGGCUGCUACCUCUACCCAGAUGGUAGGGAAGUGAAUCCAGACCUCACCAUCCUGUGCGAACCUUUCCUGAGAAGCAGGGUCAAAGUUACAGAGGAACAAUAUGAGAUCUACUGUGACAUGGGGAGCACGUUCCAGCUGUGCAAGAUCUGCACAGAGAGAGACAAGGACACUCGCAUCCAACCGUGCGGGCACCUCCUCUGCCAACCCUGCCUUAGAGGCUGGCAGAAGUCCGAUGGCCACACCUGUCCAUACUGCCGCUGUGACAUCAGAGGAACGGAAUCCAUUUUGGUCGAGCCCUACCUGCCCAGUGGAGGGGUCGAGGAAGAGGAGGAGGAGGAGGAGGAAGAUCACCUCGAGGAUGUGGAGCUGGUGAUGAGACAGCUAGCCGCCAUGAAAAGGGUGUCAAGUGAUGGCUACCAGGUCCCGGUCUGUAACCUCUCUCCGCCUCCUCUGCCUCCCAAACUGAGUGUGUCCUCACCCGGGCCCUCGUCACGCCUCGCGUCACGCCACCAUGUGGCGGACACGCCUGAGAAACAUGCACGAAACAUGCACUCAUGCUUUUGGUUCUGGUUUUCCUCCGAAAUGUCUGUGUGUCUUCUACAGUCCCACAGCCAUGGCCUCACCGGCAGAGACCUGACACAUCCCAACAGUGCCACCAUCAGAUGCCAGUGGGAGGAGCUCACUAACAGCGAGGAGGAAAAUUCCUGGGGGGUUCAACAGCCUCGGUCACGCACCUCAUCUAACAAGUCAGCAUUGCCUGUCUCCAGUGUGGAGGAGUCCAUCUCACUGCCAGCCCAGCUGCCCUCCUCGUCCACGACCUGUGGAGACGGCGGAGCAGUCUGGAAUGGGCCUUCUAACCCAGAGAAGAAGAAAGGCAGGCUAAACGAGAGGGGUGCGAGGACAGCUGAGCACAGGACGAAAGGCCACGAGCAGAGAGAGAUGGAGAGAAACAUGUCAUCCUGAUGGAGGUUGAGAAUACCAACAUCAGCUGAGCCUGGGGAAGAACUCAAACAGACCUCGUGGGGAAUCAGUGAUAGAAGUAGAAUGAGGAUGCCAGCCCAUUGGAGCAGUUCAUCAUAACGCAUCUUAAUCACUGUUGUUGCUCAUUAACAGCCUGUGCUGCACAGUAACUACAUUGCUGAUAUAUCCCUCAAGUUAAAACACAUACUGUACUUUACAUUGUUGAAUCUGCGUAUUUGCAAAGCAAAAUAUUAUGUGUUUUUCAAGUGUGGAAUUAUGUAAAGAUGAAUAUUUUAAUAGGAAUUGUAAGCUGGCUUUCUAUGAAUACUGAUGACUUUGGACACAUACUACCUCAUUGUUGUCCCAUACUUAAACCAACUGACCUAAUUGACUUCUCAUGCCUGACUACAAUGUGGGGGCAGGGCCCUUACUUCAUACCUAGAUAAAGAAUAUUAUGUUUGUCCAAGAGGAAUAAAAUCUGUCUAA